AUGCAGCCCACGCACGAGCACCAGCUUCAGUCGAGCGAUGGCGCCGUCAGCGACGAAAACCGUCGUGUACUCGAAUGGAUUGCCCAGAUGAUGAACCCCCAGACGCGUGAAGGCGCUCUGCUUGAGCUGAGUAAGAAGAGGGAACAGGUUCCCGAGCUGGCCCUAAUUCUGUGGCACUCGUUCGGCGUCAUGACUUCGCUUCUACAGGAGAUCAUCUCAGUCUACCCUCUGCUCAACCCUUCUCAACUCACGGCAGCUGCCUCCAACCGUGUCUGCAACGCAUUGGCUCUGCUCCAGUGUGUGGCUUCGCAUGGUGAGACCCGUGGCCUCUUCCUCGGCGCUCACAUCCCGCUCUUCCUGUACCCCUUCCUCAACACGACCUCCAAGUCGAGGCCGUUCGAAUACCUCCGCCUCACUUCUCUUGGUGUGAUUGGCGCCCUGGUCAAGAAUGACAGCUCAGAGGUCAUCAACUUCCUCCUAACAACUGAGAUCAUUCCCCUCUGUCUUCGUAUCAUGGAGACAGGCAGCGAACUCAGCAAGACGGUCGCCAUCUUCAUUGUCCAGAAGAUUCUGCUCGACGAUCUUGGUCUGCAGUACAUCUGUCAGACCUAUGAGCGAUUCUACGCAGUUGGUACCGUCCUUAGCAACAUGGUCAACCAACUCGUCGAACAGCAGACGGUGCGCUUGCUCAAGCACGUCGUAAGAUGCUUCCUUCGUCUUAGCGACAAUGCCCGCGCCCGCGAGGCUCUUCGCCAAUGCUUGCCCGAACCUCUCCGCGAUGCGACCUUCUCUUCUGUGCUGCGCGACGAUGCUGCCACCAAGCGUUGCCUGGCACAACUCCUGCUCGCCCUCUCAGAUCAGGUUGUUGACCCCUCGCAGCAGAACCAGCCCGCACUUCUCCCUUGA